CUCGCCACGUCCAAUGCGCCCACUGAGCGGUUUGGUAGCAGUGGCGCUGCUGCUGCUGCUCCUGCUGACGGCAUCAUCGAGUGCGGCGGACACGGGCACGGAGGCGGAGGUCUCCGGCAGCCCACUCACGCCGGGACCCGAUGAGUCGCGCAGGGUGGUGAAGCGGGCGCCCACGUCCAGCUUCAUUGGGAUGCGCGGCAAGAAGGACGAGGAGCGCGACACCUCGGAGGGCAACUGGCUGGGAUCGGGACCCGAUCCGCUAGAUUACGCCGACAUGGAGGCGGACAGCGGCUACUCCGAGAACGGGCGGCGCCUGAAGAAGGCACCGCUUGCCUUCAUGGGCAUGCGCGGCAAGAAGGUCUUCCCGAUCAACCCCCGCCUGUACGAAGUGCUGCAGAGCCUGGAGGAGGAGCGGCUGCGGGAGAGCCUGCUGCAGGACUACUUCGAUCGCAUUGCUGGGUAUGAUGGCUCAGCGGUGGGCAAGCGGGCGCCCACUGGAUUCACGGGCAUGCGAGGCAAGCGGCCCGCCCUGCUGGCUGGAGAAGACGAUGCGGAGGCGGACGAGGCCACGGAGCUGGAGCAGAAGCGGGCGCCGAUCAACUCGUUUGUGGGGAUGCGCGGCAAGAAGGACGUCUCCCAUCAGCACUACAAGCGGGCAGCUCUCUCCGAUUUCUGGCACACUUUCUUUAAAAAGUCCAAUGACUUAAGGGGCAAACAGCAGCGCUUCGCGGACUUCAACAGCAAAUUUGUGGCGGUGCGUGGCAAGAAGAGCGAUCUGGAGGGCAACGGCAUCGGGAUUGGGAUUGGGGAAGAUCAUGAGCAAUCUCUGGUUCAUCCUUGGCUCUACCUCUGGGGAGAGAAGCGGGCGCCCAACGGAUUCCUUGGAAUGCGAGGCAAACGGCCAGCACUUUUCGAGUAGGCGGCGCUGAGCGAUUUGAAUGAUCUUGAUGGAAGUUCCUCUUAGAGCUACAAAACUAGGAAAUGCGAAAAUAGAUGAACGCAGGAGGCCGGAAGAGCAGAUUUGGCAACAGAAUGGAUCACAAGAGUGUUUUAAAUAAUCACUGGGCUGGAGAUUAUUUCAAACACGGAUACACAAAAUUUCAGCUUCAUGUAUAACGAGACUUGCAAAUAAUUUAUUG